AGAGAGCAGAGCGGGCCAAAAAGGAAGAGCGGAGCUAAUCUUCUGGAAAGAGCUCGCACUGUCUCGCCUCUCUCAGUGUGACUCUUCCGGCAGCAGCAGAGCGCUGUCUCUCGUCCCUCGCGUCCUUCAUCGAUCGAUUUCUUACGUCAAAGGGAGAUUCAGCGUGUACCCCAGAUUAGCGAAAAUGAACGACUCAGAAGUAUCCAGGCAGGUCCAGCAGAUGGUCCAUUUCAUUCGGCAAGAAGCCGAGGAAAAGGCCAAUGAAAUUGCUGUGUCUGCUGAAGAGGAAUUCAACAUAGAGAAGCUGCAGCUGGUUGAGGCUGAAAAAAAGAAGAUUCGACAGGAGUACGAACGCAAAGAAAAACAAGUCGAAGUGCGCAAGAAAAUAGAGUACUCGACGCAGCUGAAUGCAUCACGUUUGAAGGUACUGCAAGCCCAAGAUGACCUUGUGCGGUCCAUGAAGGCUGCCGCAGAGAAGCAGCUUAUCACCGUUAGCCACCAUCACGAAAGUUAUUCUCGUCUUUUGAAAGACCUCAUUGUGCAGGGCUUGUCUAGGUUGAGGGAGCCUUCAGUGCAGUUGCGAUGUAGAGAAAGGGACUUUGAAUUGGUGGAGCGGGUACUCGAACAUGCAAAGCAACAGUACCGCUCGAAGGCGAAAGUUGACGCAUGCGAAGUUGUUGUAGAUAAUCAAAAGUUUCUCCCUGGGCCCCCUGAAGCGGGCAAGCCCGGUCCUUUUUGCACUGGUGGAGUUGUGUUGGCGUCACGGGAUGGACGUAUAGUGUGUGAAAACACAUUAGACGCAAGAUUGGAGAUUUCUUUCAAGCAGAAUCUCCCAGAGAUCCGAAAGCAACUCUUUGGCGUCACUGCUCAGGCCUAAUUCUGUUUAUCGUUCAUUGGUCGUCGAGAGAACUGUGGGUAUGGUGGAUCUUGCAAAUCGGUAUCGUGGAUUGUAUAUGUGCUUGAUACCGUUAUCCAUGUAAGACGAGGAGCAGGACAGUCGGCUUGUGCUGUAUUUUGACCUAUAUAUCAUUGUGCGUUGCUUAUCGUGGGGUACCAAUCGAACUUUGUAUGAUGAAAGCACUUACCCAGUGUUUCUCGUCGUUCGAAGUUUAUGUCACUGCUUGAUAUUUUUGUCUUACUCCUCAUAACGUCUGAGUCAGCCGAGUCUUCAUAUUGAAGUUGGAUUCCAGGUCUGACCAUCUUUACCUCUUUCCAGCCGAACAAAGUAGUAAAGCUGUAUAUUAUUCAUGAUUUAAGUCCUUCUUCACAUGGAUGAAUAAUUUUGUCUUAGACUUCCUAUCCUUCUUCAGCUUCUUAUAAUAUCGCAAUCGGCGAAGCAAGGUUUGCCCAAAAUAUUUGUCUAAAUCUCAUGAAAGUCUGCAUUUCUACAUUUGUUUCGUCCAAGUAAUAUUAUACUGGAGCUGUUUUCCCGUCACAUUCAUCCUCCUUUGUCUUAUCACAGUACCGGUGUCCCGCUACGAGGUCUUGUAACCGUUUC